AGAAAAAUUUCAACUCGAAUCACGGAGCGAGCGAAAGACUGCGAUUUCCCUGAGGAAGAUGGGAGUUCCCGCGAGAGCGCAACGUAAGCGGAGUAAGUGAAUGAAGAAGUCGGUGACGUGCAACGUCGUUGGGUGGAAAAACGUGAUCGUUUCGAAGCGACGUCGAUCGCGACUGAUCGAUCUCGAGGAACUACCACAGACUCGUUUCUGACCGCGGUCAGGAAUCGCCGCGGGGAAUCAAAUUAAUAUCCUUCGGACCAAGGAGGAGCACUUUGACAGACGCGGGUGGCAACGAGGGCGGGUAAGGCGACCGUAUUGGAUUUCCAGGAGGUGGACGAGACUUCGAUCGACCUCCCGGGUGAUGCCAUCCUGAGGCAACGACAUUCUUACGGUCGUGCUCUAAGUCACCAGGGUGCGACCGGCCGGAAAAUAUGGCCGAUCUCGAAAGGAUCAGGCUGGUGGUGCUCGGCGGCGCCGGGGUCGGCAAAAGUGCCAUUAUACGACGACUACUCGGUCAAGGCUUCAGCGAGCGAUACCGGCCCACCGUGGAGGAUUUGUACUCGCGAGAAUGCAUUCUUGGCACUCUGACGCUCAAAGUCGAUCUUCUGGAUACCGCGGGUGACCUGCAGUUUCCUGCAAUGAGGCGGUUGAGCAUAGCCACCGCCCACGCAUUCCUACUCGUAUACGCGACAUCGUCCUUACCAAGUUUCGAGUGUGUGAAACGUUGCUUCGAAGAAGUGAGAGAACAACGACCCGACUUCCAGGAAGUACCGAUAGUUAUCGCUGGAAACAAGCUUGACCUAGCGCCAGCACGAAGAGAGGUACCAAUUGAGGACGUGAGCGAAUGGUUAUUUUGCGAAUUGCCGAAACUUCGCGCUAAGGUGAUGGAGUGCUCGGCAAAGGACGACUACAACAUUAAGGAUGUAUUCAGAUGUUUCGUCACGCUUUCCAAGAUCGUACCGAAAAAUCCCACUGGCGAGGUCGAGCAGUCGGGGCUCAGAAGAAGAUGUUCAGCAUACGGAUCACGCAGGUCCGGCAGCCCUAGUGGCAGAACCGGUAGCGCGGGUCCCGGUGGGAAUCUCCAGCAAGUGGUCGCGGCUCAGGGUCCUAGCGUCGUCAGCGUUACUGAGGAGGUAAAGAGCAAACCACGUAGUCGCAGCCUAAUCAGGCGCACUUCAAGAAAAACGAAACAGCAGAUCAGGGAUGCCCGUGCCGACGACUGCAACAUCUCCUAAAUCUGCUACCUCGACAGAGAAAUGAAUUUUUUUCACGACCAGGAGUCCCUGGUCUCGAUUAUUGCGAAGGAACAACGAGCAAUCGAGUUUUUUUGAUUAAGUGCGUUAAGGUAAGACUCGAGCUGACGUUCGCAAUUUGAAAGGAAACAAGUCUUUCCAUAUCUACAUGAAUAACGGAUUAACUUUUACUGCUUACUCCGUCUUAAUCCACGGAAUUUUGAAAAGUAAGCGUGAUAAGUAGAUAAAAUGGAUAGUUCCAGAGGAAGUCUAACUCGAAGUUCGAAAAGAUACGACUUCGUAAGAUUUAUACCAGAAAGUAUGUGUAUCGAUAACAAAAGUAUUAUUAUUAUUAUUAUCAUUAAAUAUUAAAUUUGAGAGA